AACCGACUUUUCGCGAUCUGAAGAAGGCUGGCUAGGGCUCUCUCUGUUAUUGCUUUCGUUCGUUUGAGGUGAAAUCUCAGGCCCUGAAAUCUCUUCUUCGUCGCCGAUUCUUCUGAUACUCCCGGAACAGAGCUUUCAGUUCGGUUUGGGCAGCCCGCCUUACAGCCCCACCCGCCGACAUUCGAACUCUGUUGGUGGUGAUUAUAUCGUCAUACACCAUACAAAUUCCAUAGCAAUUGGAAAGGAGCAAAUUAGUGCUUUGCUGUGAUUUUGGAUAUGACUGUAACCAAGGCAAAUAGAUACCCGGGAAGCUAUUAUGGCAAUGCCAUUCAAACAGCUGGUGAGUCUGAGGGUUCUGGUAGCUCAGGACGAAUAGACAUGGAAAUCGCUGCCUCUGAGGCUUCAAGUGCCUUGACGAGGAAGUGUAUAAGUUUGAAUUCUAACAAGAGUGCCGAUUUCUUUGUUCCCAAGCAAGUUAUUCCCUUGUCAAAAUUGUCACGAUCUGAGAGAAAGAUUCUAUUGCAUAGAUUGAGAAAGAAUCUUGGACGGACUCGAGUAACUCUGAAGAAAGUUGAAUCGCAGAAGGCUAAUGGUCUUGCAAGGUCUUCUUCCAGCGGCAUUCUUAGCUGUAGCAGUGGACAGAAUGUGCCAACCAUUGGAAAGUCCAAGAAAUCCUCAAUGCUAACUCCUGGCCAGGUUAAGAAUUCGAAUGCUGGAGGUAAGAAAGCUGAAACGAAUCGGAGUUUUUCUGGGAAGUUUGAAUUAACAAAUCGAACUUCAGCCCCAAGCACUACAGUUGUGAUGUUGUUGAAACAAUGUGAGGCAUUGUUAAAACGAUUGAUGACUCAUCAGUUUGGAUGGGUAUUCAAUGCCCCGGUUGAUGUAGUGAAGUUGAAUAUUCCGGAUUAUUUUACUGUUAUCAAGCAUCCGAUGGAUUUGGGAACCGUAAAGAGCAAGAUAGCUUCAGGAUCGUACUCAAAUCCCAUGGAGUUUUAUGAUGAUGUGAGACUUACUUUCACAAACGCAAUGACCUACAAUCCUGCAGGAAAUGAUGUCCAUGCUAUGGCUGAUACCCUAAAUAAAUUUUUUGAAGUGAGGUGGAAACCUAUUGAGAAAAAGCUGCCAAAAGUUCAUCCUAAACCAUUACCCGAAAAAAAAUCAGGUUCUGGUGUGGACUUGGAACUAGCUGAGCCAAACCCCCCUUCAAAAAAGAGGAAAGUAGUUCCUACACAACCUGAGGUAAGACCAGAGCCAGUGAAAAGAAUAAUGAAUGACGAGGAGAAACAUAGGCUGGGCAAGGAAUUAGAAUCUUUGCUAGGUGAGAAUGAGACGCCUGUACGUAUAAUUGAUUUCUUGAGGGAAAAUAGUUCAGAUAGCAAGGACUCUGGAGAAGAUGAGAUUGAGAUUGAUAUAGAUGAUCUCAGUGAUGAUACCUUAUUCACAUUGCGUAAGCUUGUUGAUGAAUACUUGGAAGAGAAGCAGAAAGCUCAAUCACAAGCUGAACCUUGUGAAAUAGAGCUUUUGCACGGCUCCGGGUUGAGUAAUUCAUCCAUGCAACCAUGCAAAGGAAAUGAUCCAACUGAUGAGGAAGUUGAUAUUGGUGGAAAUGAGCCUCCUGUCUCAAGCUAUCCUCCUCUGGAGAUUGAAAAGGAUACAGACCAUAUGAUCAGUAAAUCUAUGAGUUCAGACAGCUCUAGUGAUUCAGAGUCCAGCUGUCCUUCUGAGAACGAGUGUGAUGUUACUAAGGUCUCAACUUUAGUUAACGAAUCUAAGGUGCCAGAGACCUUGGACUCUGGAUCAGAAUUAGACAAAAAGACAACUAUUAGUGAUCUUAAUGAAAGGCAUGAGACUGAUAGUGGCUUGGACCAAGUUGAACAACCUUCUGAGCAAAAGCCAGGAUCAAUUGAGUCAGACAGCUGCCAAGAUGUGGAUAGUGCUCCAACUGGGAGGCGGGUCUCCCCUGACAAGCAGUACAGGGCAGCUCUAUUAAAGAAUCGGUUUGCUGAUACAAUUUUAAGAGCACGAGAGAAAACUCUGAAUGAUGGUGAUAAAGGGGAUCCUGAGAAAUUGCGGCGGGAGAGGGAGGAACUUGAACUGCAGCAGAGAAAAGAGAAAGCAAGGUUACGAGCUGAAGCCCGGGCUGCUGAAGAUGCUCGAAGACGAGCUGAAGUGGAAGCUGCAGCUGAGGCUAAACGAAAGAGGGAGCUUGAGAGAGAGGCAGCACGGCAGGCAUUGCUACAGAUCGAAAAGACUGUUGAAAUCAAUGAGAAUUCUCGGUUCCUGGAAGAUUUAGAAAUGCUUAGGACUGCCCCCGUAGAGCUGUUACCUAGCUCAGGAGACGAAACUAGCCCAGAUAAUUCACAGGAUGGCUUAGGUAGCUUCAAGUUUGGGAGCAGUAACGCCUUGGAACAACUUGGUUUGUUCAUGAAGGUGGAUGACGAGGAAGAAGAAUGUGAGCUAGCUUGUGUUCCUAGUACCAUAGACUGUAUGGAAGAAGGAGAAAUUGAUUAGGUUUCGACUGAAUUGGGAAACAACAACAUAUAUUUGUCACUGAAAAUAGAUAAAGAAAAAAAAGAAAAAAAGGCGAGUUGGUUAAUGUUAUGCAAAGGGGGCCGCAAGUUGUUGGUUGUGAUGGUGCUCGUCAUCUUAUCGAGAAGUAACCGUAGUAGAAGAGUGUACAUAAACUUGGUUUAUAUUUGAAUUAUUCAUGUGGCUGCAUUGAGUUGUGGAAAGCUUAGAAGUUGGGAAGUACACUAUCUUAGUGUGGAGUCUUUCUUCUGGGCUUAUGUUUUUGACCUUUGUCAACAAUUUUGGAUCUCUUGGUUUCAGUAGUAGGUGUUGCUGCCUCGUCGAAGGAAGCCAGGAAAAGCUAAUAGAUGUGUUAUGAGAACUGAAAAGUACUGGAAAAACAAAGAGAAUGUGUUUAUAUUCCUUUUCUCUCUGUCUCUAGUUUUUUUUUCUUAGUCUUAUGCAAAAGUAGGUAUGGUGAUGGUGAAGAUGACAAUUUUUAUCAAAUAAAAAAGAAAAAGAAAAGAAAUUAGAUGUGAAAA